AUGGCGGCGUGCCGGCCGCUGCUCGGGUGCGCCGACCUGGCUGAGCUGAGUCUCGGCCCGCUGAUCGGUCAGGGCAGCACCAAGAGCGUGUACCGCGCGCUGUGGCGCAGCCGGGAGGUGGCGCUCUCGACGCUGGCUGAUCCCCGGCUGCGGCCGGACUUCCUGCAUGGUCUGGAGAUGCUACAGGCUUUGGGGCCGUCCGACCGCGUGGUCCAGCUGGUCGGCUUCUGUCGCGCCACGGGCGUGAUUAUCACCGAGCUCCAGCCGCUUGGGGAUGCGAGCCGCGUGGCGCGCGAGGUCUACGCAGAGGUGCUGGACUACCUGCACAGCUCGCCGGUCGGCCACCGCGUCAUGUGCGACACGAACGAUCUGCAGAAGACCCUGCAGCAGUUCCUGGUGACGUCAGACCAGCGGCUGGUGCUCCAUCGGAUGCACAAGAAAUGUCGCAGCCCCGAGCCGUCGGCGAGGCCGUCGGCCAAGCAGGUAAUCUCGGAGUAUGCUCGUGUUAUUCGCGACCUGGAGCAGUCUGAGCCCAACUGA